GCUGCGGUCGGCGGCAAGCCGACGCGCGUCGUCAUCGCGGCGUACAUGCGCACGGGAUCGACGUUCUUCGGCGAGGCGUUCAACAGCCACGCCGACGUCUUCUACAUGGACGAGCCGCUGCACUACACCUGCAACAGUGUCAACUCGAAGAAGCUGCUCGUCGGCCUGCGCAACCUGCCGUCGAAGUCCGUCGGCCUGCGCGGCCUGCUCACGUGCGACUACAGCGGCCUCGAUGACGUCAUCGCCUACAGCAAGUCGCCGAAGCUUGACCGCAUGUUUCGCCGCUGCAGGGCGCUGCACGACUACCUGAACUGUACCACGCGAUACCCCGCCAACGCGAUCAUCUCCGCAUGUCCGGUCGAGCGGCUGUCGACGGCGACGAUCGCCGGCAUCUGUCGUCGGCACGGCAUCGUCGUCGGCAAGGUGAUCUGGGAGCGGUUGAACUUCCUCGGUCUUCUGAUCGAUAGAGUUCCCGCGUUGCACGUGAUUCAUCUCAUCCGCGACCCGCGCGCUGUGCUCAACUCGCACGCGCUCAGCUUCGGCGCGAAAACCUUCGCGCGUCAGCUACCGUUCGUCGCCAACGGGAAGUGCGCCGGCAUGCUGCAGCAGUACGAACACGGCGAGCGGGUGCUGAAGCUGGGCAAGAACUCGCAGCGCUACAUGCUCGUCAAAUACGAAGACCUGGCGACGCGCACGCUCGACACGCUCGAGCGCGUGUUCGCGUUCGUCGGCCGUCGGCUGGACGCGGGCGUGCGUCGCUACGUCGACACGCACACGCACGGCACGUCGGCGCUGCACCGACACAAGCACGACCUGUUGACGUAUCGCGAGGAUUCGGCGCGCACUGCGCAGGCGUGGCGCACGGAGAUGAGCGAGAGAGACGUUAAGAUCGUCGAGACGAAUCCGCACUGCCGGAAGCUGCUGCUGAGCGCCGGAUACGAGCUCGUCUACCCGAACGUGACGUCGUACGACGUCGCAGCCGACCGUCGCUACUCGCUGUCACGUGACCCCGGCGAUACGGCGGCGCGCCUGCGCCUGCGACAGAAACUGACGGGGAGGUCGCGCAUAGUAUCUAUGCGUCGCAAUAGAUGGCGCUGACACGUUAUCUCGCGCGCUCUCGCGCUGCGAGCAAAGAGAUGAUUGAUUAUAUAAAACGUCCAACGUUCUUUGAUCGUAAGAAAAAAGCGCUGAUUUUAAUUAUUUAAGUCUUGAGUGAUGAAAACUCAGACGACAUCGCUCUUCGCGACACUGACCAUCCGAGUAUCGUGUCAAUAUUUGACAGUCUCGUCGUCGGCGAAUUCUUGUGAUAUUUGAGAUAAUCAGAAAACCGUCCAAAUGUCUUGUUUCUUAUUACGAUUUUUCAUUUUUAAUGAAUGAAUGUGAUAUUAUAGACUAGCAAUGACAAUGAUUACGCUUGGUCUAUGAUGACUCUAUACUUAGUCUCGGAGUGUGCGCUGUGUCACGAGUGUUUAGCUAGAUAAUAAAUUAUUGCAUCCAGGUGA